AAAAACAUGAUUUCUACAAUUAUCUCAUCUUUUGAAAUUUCUAAUAUCCCUUCUCUAUUGAUAAUUUCUUCAAUUAUCUAUGUAACUCAUUUUUAUGAUUGUUAUUUUACUCGUCCUAACCCUUUACCAGGUCCAUUUCCACUUCCAAUUAUUGGAAAUGCUUAUCAACAAAUUAGAUAUGGAGUUGAUAAUUGGUUAUUAUCAUUACAUAAAAAAUAUGGUGAUAUGUAUGAAAUAAUUUUAGCAGGUGAGCGUAUGAUAAUACUAUAUAAUACGGAAGGAUUCGCGGAAUAUGGACUUGAUGGUGUAGGAGUAGCAUUAAAUAAUGAUCUUAAAUCUUGGAAAUAUAAUCGUCAAUUUUUUAGUCAA